UUCUGGCUAUGGUGACCUGCUGGAUCACACGCACCACCUAUGGCGCUUAAAUCUGGUACCGCUUGAAUGCUCCGUUUCGAGAUGUAGCUUGAAUGAGUGCUCAGAUAUCCGUUUUCUGCGGUGAAGAUGUUUGUUAAUUGUCAGUAAUUCCUCAAACUGGAGGUAGUAAAAAAUGAAGACAUUGUGGAUGCAAUUUUGCAAUAGCAAUUACUCAUCCUCGCCUGCACCACAAAAUCAUCGCUUCGAUGAAUAUAUUUCCCCAAUGGUUUCCAUUGAAAACCUUUGAUAAGAGAUUCCAUUGCAAGUGGUUGGGAAUGACAUACCCCAUGGCUCUGAAUUGUGCUGGCAUUCUCAAAUGCAGCAUAGUGUCUGAAACAAGCAUUUACAGAAGGAAUUGGGGAGCUUCUAUUUCAAGAUCAUCAUCGCCGAGGUCAUUCAGAAUCCGAGCCGUGCAGGAGAAUGAUGGACCUCGGCGAUUGGUUGAUAUCAUCCGAAUUAUACCAGAGGCAUCUAGGAACUACUUCAAGAGCCCUUCAAGAAGGGCACUUUUCGGGGGGAUAUCCCUCUUGGGAGGCUUCUAUGUGGCACAAACAAUAUCUCUAUCCUUUGGAGCUUUAGGUGUCAACGAUGUAAUUGCUGCGGUGCUAUGUGUUCUGAUCACCGAGUAUGCGACAAGGUUCUAUUAUAGCCGGCCGAAGGUGACGUUUCCUCUUGCACUUCUAAACAACUUCAAGAUGGGGUUCACUUAUGGUCUCUUUAUUGAUGCUUUUAAACUUGCAAGUUGAAUUUCUUAUGCACUUCCAUUUUCUGAGAAAGAAGCUCUCUCUUUAUGGUAGUAGUCUUUAGGAAUGGAAUGUUGUUUGGAGAUUAGUAUGUAAAGUGUGGGAAAUGUGUAGCAGAUAUUAUGAUAAGUUAUUGAAUUGUUUAAUGA